AUGUUAACCAGUCGGUUGAACUCUUCAAGGGGAUCCCGAAGCUCUACGACACACACAAGAGGAACCAAACGAGGUGGUAUCAAGAAACGGAAAAAUUGCCCAACUAGGGUCGAUCGAGAUGGUGACAUGAUGAUGGAUGCCGCUGGCUUAGCUGGUAGUGAAGUCAACGCCAACAAAAGCAGUUGUGUCCCAAACAAGAGAUCUUCCGGUGGGCCAUCAUCAAACAGACCAGGAGCUUCUGGGCGGGCCAAAGGUGGAUCGAAUCGUGCGCCAAAACCUGGUAUUCAUCGAGCCCAACAGGCUAUAUUACGUGGCAUCGGGGCACAACAGGCCAACAUUCUACAAACACUCGAAGUAACUGGUCUCAGCUUGAGCAAGGCCUCAAAUAAUGCUGAUGGUGGACUGGAAAGUUUGCUAGGCUUCCUCGAGCGAAAGGCUAGCUGUAUAGACUCAAAGGGCAACAGACCUGUCAAGAUAAAAAAGUCAUCCCUGAAGGGAGAUACAGUCCUUGUUACUGCUAGUCUCGACGACACAAUGCGGAUCCAAAAAUUAGACAAAUAUCACUUUGCUGGAAUACCACUUUCAAUAAAACCUUGCGAACAGUCAACCAUUCUCCAAGGACAGUCAAAGGAAGAAAUUUCAGCAGAGGCGCGGAAUUUAAAAGAUGAAUUAAGGGCCUUUCUUGCAACAAGGUACAAUGUUGAACUAAAGCUUCUCGACUUAUCGAUGCUAGGGACAGAUCCUAGGCUGCAAGGUAUGGGAAUAUUCAAAGAAGGUGUCAAAACUGCGGGAAAACUUUUCCCUGCCAUCAUGGCAAUAUGCGACGGACUCUUUAAAACGCGGAAAGAGAAGCAAGAUGCUAUAACAAGCAUCGCUCUUACCGACAACUCACUCUCUACCAUAACACACAUAUCAUCUUUGUCGCAAACCUUUCCAGACAUCAAGAACCUAGAUCUUUCUCGAAAUGAAAUAUCCGACCUGGAAGGAUUAGAUGCUUGGCGCUCUAAGUUCCGCAGCUUAGAGGUUCUUCUCUUAAAAGAAAACCCCAUUGAAUCCAGGAUCUCUGAAUUUGUAAGCGAGCUAUUGAAACGCUACCCUAGACUUCACUCUAUCAACGAUGUUCAAGUUCGAACACCAGAGGAAAUAGUCAAGAUAAUCAGUGCGGCUGAACAGGCCAAAGUUCCGAUUCCUAUUACAGGCCCAUCAUUCCGUGACGUCGGGCAGAUAGGAGAAACGUUCAUAAGACAUUUCAUACCGCUUUACGAUCAUGAUCGAAGUUCUCUCGCAAGUAGCGCUUAUGAUGUUGACUCAACCUUUUCUCUAUCAAUCAAUAUGUUGUCGCCCCGAACCACAGAGAUUAUGGUACCGGUACACAGUUGGUCUGACUACAUCAAGUAUUCUCGAAACCUCGACAAGAUUACCCAUUUACCGGCUCGGAUGAACCGACAGUUUAAAGGCAGCCAAAGUAUCAAGGAGGUCUGGGCUAGCCUACCGGAAACAAGACAUCCAGACAUUGAGACAGAGAACGAAAAAUAUUUUUUUGAAGGUCAUGAACUACCCUGCGUACCCGAUCCAACUGGUCAAAGUUCAACCGGAGUCACAGGCAUGAUUAUACACAUGCACGGUGAAUUCCAGGAACCGAAAAAUUCGACUCCAGAACGUCUGUCUCUCCGAAGCUUUUCGCGUACCUUUAUUCUAGGUCCCGGUGCUCCAAGUGGUCCUACAAUUAGAGUUGUUAGUGACAUGCUUGUAUUACGACCAUGGGCGCCACUUGCCAAACCCUCUACUACUGUAGACACUCGAAAUAUCGACCAAAAGCUGGCCGUUUCAGAUUCAGCUCUUCUGACCGGGGCCCUCUCUGCUGAAAAGCAACAGGAAAUAGUGGCCCGACAGUUCAUGGGGCAUACCGGCAUGACCAUGCACUACAGCGUGCUCUGCCUUCAGCAAGCAGAAUGGGAUUUACAGAAAGCAGAUGUGUUAUUUAAUCAAACUAAGGUAAAUUUACCAGCUGAUGCUUUUACCGCAGCAUUAGAACAAAAAAGCUUAUAA